AUGCCGGUCCCGCUGUUUGGACACAUUCCUGCUAACUGUCCCCUACGGAGCAAGGACCUGUUGCAGAGGCAUAGCCCUCUUACGGUUCCUCCAACUACUACCGCCACCGCCACAAGAGGUCUGCUGACCCCGUUGCUGAAGCUGAAGCUAGCUACGGCUACAGGUUAUAUCACCCCGUGUAUCACCACUCCUUCCAAUACACUCCCUACACUCACAGCCACUACAAGAGAUCUGCCGAGCCAGAAGCUGAUCCUAGUUUCAGCUAUGGCCACAACCACCAUAGCGGAGCUCACUAUGGUUACGAUUUGUCGGCGUUCUGUCAAGGUCUUCCGUGGGAAGAGGUAUAUAAGGAGCCGGACGCAUUGCCGGAGUCACAUCGCCCUGUUCCGUCUCACCAAUCCUGCAGAGAUGAAGUACUUGGUGUUUGUGCUCCUGGUGGCUGCCGCUUGCGCUUCUGAGGUGGAGAAGCGAGAGGCGGAGCCAAGUCGUGCUUUAAGCUAUGGCUACGGUGUUCACCACCACGCCUACCCCCGCACCUACUACCACCCUUACCACCGUUUCCACAAGAGGUCCGCUGAGCCUGAGGCUGAUGCCGAGCCUUCUUACUUAGGCUACUACCGUCCCUAUUCCUACAGCUACCACAAUACUCCCUAUGUCCACCACCACUACAAGAGGUCCGCCGAACCUGAGGCCGAAGCCGAGCCCUCUUACGGCUCCUCCAACUACUACCGUCCCUAUUCCUACGGCUACCAACCACACCACUAUAUUCCCUCCGUCCACCACCACCACAAGAGGUCUGCUGACCCCGUUGCUGAGGCUGAUGCUAGCUACGGCUACAGGUCAUACCACCCCGUGUAUUACCACUCCUACCAACACACACCCUACACUCACAGCCACUACAAGAGAUCUGCUGAACCAGAAGCUGAUCCUAGCUAUGGCCACCACCACCAGACAGUGUACCGUCCCUACCAUAGCGGAGCUCACUAUGGUUACAGUUACCGCGCUCACCACCACUAA